AUGGCGUGCGCUGGGAGGGAGGGAGAAGGAGAAGAGAAGAUUAACGAGGAUGUGCUUGUGUACGUCGCGCCGAAAACUGCAAAGCAGGCACUUCAGCAGGUCGCUGCAGCUGAGGGUGCGACAUAUCACUUCAGCUUAGCGGAGCGGAAUUGUGGAAAUUGCACUGAACAUACUGGCACGCUCCUCUAUUUCAAGAGGUGCCGUGCUGCUUUUACAGGAAGGCCCCAGUCUACGAAGAAGGCCGCUGAAAACGCAGCAGCAGUAGCCUUCCUGGCCACGCCAACAGCUAGGCAGGCCUUUGAGAUGUCGCAGGAGCGGAAGAGUGGCAUGAAAAUGGGAUUUGUGGACAAUGUGAGGGCUGCUGAAGGACGUCCGACCCUGACCGCGCAACGUGGCAAGGAUGGACCGAUGGAGAAACGACGGCCGGCCAUCCAGUGA